AUGUCAGUAUCAAAAGGUAGACAGAGUCCACCACCUGAACAAUUAUGGAAAUCUUGGGAUCGUAAAGCACGUAAACAAGGUUGUCAUGCAACAAUCUAUUCAUCGGAUGGUUCACAAUAUAAAGGAGAUUGGCAAAAUGAUAAAAGACAUGGUAAAGGUGUUUAUUUAUGGAAAUCAACAGGAGAUUUUUAUGAAGGUGAUUUUGCUAAUGGUACACGAACUGGUUUUGGUACAUUAACUGUUAAAAGUUCAGAUGGGAAAUUGCAACGACAAUACGCAGGUGGUUGGAAAAAUGAUAAGAAACAUGGAUAUGGAAAUUUAUUUUUUUCAGAUAAUGAACAUUAUGAAGGUGAAUUCUAUGCCGAUAAACGAAAUGGUUGGGGACGAAUGUUUUAUGCAGAUGGAUCGACUUAUGAAGGACAAUGGCUUGAUGAUAAACGACAUGGAACAGGAAUGUUACGAUUAGCAAAUGAUAAUCGUUAUGAAGGUGAAUGGCAUGCUGAUAAGAAACAUGGUCAAGGAAAAUUUUAUUAUGUUACAAGAGGACAACUUAUGGAAGGUUUAUGGGUAGAUGAUAUUUGUAAAGCUGGUGAAAUGAAAGAUUUUGGACGAGAUCAAGCUAUUAUACCAACCCCAUAUCCUAUUCCAGAUUUGUCACUAGCAAAUCCUGAUCAAGUACUAACAGACGCUAAAACUACAUUUACAGACACAGAUGGAUAA